GUAGAUGCGGCGACGCGCCCUAGCUCGGCCUUUGCUCGCCAUCUGCAGACGGGGUUCUCAGGACUGGCGCCAAGAUGAUGCUUUCAAGAGCCAAACCUGCAGUAGGUGGGGAACCACAGCACACUGACAGAAGAAAGAAGAAAGGUAGGAAGAUUCCAAAACUAGAGGAGCUACUUUCACAAAGAGAUUUCACUGGAGCUAUUACUCUCUUAGAGUUCAAACGCCAUGCUGGAGAGCAAGAACAAGAUACUAAUCUGUGGAUUGGCUACUGUGCCUUUCACCUGGGGGACUACAAGAGGGCUCUGGAGGAAUAUGAAAAUGUAACGAAGGAGGAAAAUUGUAACCCUGAAGUCUGGGUGAACCUAGCCUGCACCUACUUUUUUCUUGGGAUGUAUAAACAAGCUGAAGCAGCCGGAUUUAAAGCUCCAAAGAGCCGGCUCCAAAACCGCCUGCUGUUCCAUUUGGCUCACAAGUUCAAUGAUGAGAAAAAAUUAAUGAACUUUCAUCAAAAUCUUCAAGAUAUCACAGAAGAUCAGCUCAGUUUGGCCUCAAUCCACUAUAUGCGAUCUCAUUACCAAGAAGCUAUUGAUAUAUAUAAGCGAAUACUGCUGGAUAACAGAGAGUACCUGGCUCUCAACGUUUACGUGGCCCUCUGCUACUACAAGUUGGAUUACUAUGAUGUGUCUCAAGAGGUUCUAGCUGUUUACCUUCAGCAAAUACCUGAUAGCACCAUCGCACUCAAUCUUAAGGCCUGUAAUCAUUUUCGACUUUACAAUGGCAAAGCAGCUGAGGCAGAACUCAAAAGUUUGAUGGACAACGCUUCAUCACCCUUUGAAUUUGCUAAAGAACUCAUCAGGCACAAUCUGGUGGUUUUCCGAGGAGGUGAAGGGGCCUUGCAAGUCUUACCUCCUCUGGUUGACGUGAUUCCCGAAGCCAGGCUAAACCUAGUGAUUUACUAUCUUCGUCAAGAUGAUGUACAAGAAGCUUAUAACUUAAUUAAGGAUCUGGAACCUACUACUCCACAGGAGUAUAUCCUUAAAGGAGUGGUGAAUGCAGCACUUGGCCAGGAAAUGGGUUCAAGGGAUCAUAUGAAGAUUGCCCAGCAGUUCUUCCAGUUGGUGGGAGGCUCAGCUAGUGAAUGUGAUACAAUACCAGGGAGGCAGUGCAUGGCUUCCUGUUUCUUCCUACUGAAGCAAUUUGAUGAUGUCUUGAUUUAUCUCAACUCAUUUAAGAGUUACUUCUAUAACGAUGACAUCUUUAACUUUAAUUAUGCCCAAGCCAAAGCUGCAACAGGUAAUACCAGUGAGGGAGAGGAGGUGUUCCUCCUGAUUCAAAGUGAGAAGAUGAAAAAUGAUUACAUUUACCUCAGUUGGUUAGCUCGGUGCUAUAUCAUGAAUAAGAAACCAAGACUAGCCUGGGAACUUUAUAUCAAGAUGGAAACCUCUGGUGAAUCCUUUAGUCUCUUGCAGCUCAUUGCUAAUGACUGUUACAAGAUGGGCCAGUUUUACUAUUCAGCCAAAGCCUUUGACAUCCUGGAGAGGCUUGAUCCCAACCCUGAAUACUGGGAAGGCAAAAGGGGCGCAUGUGUGGGCAUUUUCCAGAUGAUCUUAGCAGGGAGAGAACCCAAAGAGACGCUUCAAGAAGUUCUCCAUUUACUGAGAAGCACAGGUAAUACCCAAGUAGAAUAUAUCAUCCGAAUCAUGAAGAAAUGGGCCAAAGAAAACAGAGUGUCUAUCUGAAAUAGCUCCGAGGUCUAAGCCUAAGGAUCAGCUUCAACUUUGACAUAACAUUGGAAAACAUUUUCCUGAAAUUGAAUCAAAGAUACAGGGCUCUACUUGAUUGACAUGGACCAUCCUUGCUCAAGACCUAAGAUCAGUGACUGACUUGAGACCUAGGUCCCUGACCUAACCAAGUACCAUAGUCUGUGCUGUGGCCCUGUUAUGAUCCUACCAGCAAUAAGUCAUUGGAUUUACUUGGUGCCUUUCUUCAGAGUACUGUCAUGUAAUUUACUGACAUUUCUCUUCUUUUCAUGUUAGGAUUUCAUGGUAUUGUCUCCUAGUGCAAUAAGUGACUUUGAUGAUAAAGAAUCACUAUAAUUUUGUCAUCUUACCAUCUCUCAUUUCCAAACAUUAUCCUGUUUGUUUGUUUGUUUGUUUUGAGGGAAUUCCAUAAAGAGUUUUAUAACACAUUUCUGAAUUUUGGGAGAACAGGAUUUUCAUUAACUAGCCGUGUGACACUAAGGAUGGCCAGAAGAUUCUCGAUCAAACUGUCCCGCCCUCCCUAGAAAAGAUGACUGCGGGGUUCCACUCUCUCAGAAAUUGAUUGUCCAUGAUAAUAAUGUUAAUGUUACAGUAGAGUCAAAUGAGUUCUGCGGUUUUUUAAAAGGUAAGUACUAUGAAAAAAAAAUCGUGUAAUGUCUCUAAAGGAAUUCAUGAAACAAAGUCUACAAAUCUCAUUAGUCAUCUCUUCAGUGUGUUUAGGUAACCAAGAUAGUUGGGUUUCACUAUAUCUGCUGAGUAAGCACACAUUUUGAAACUAGGGAUACCACAUUUAUAUGUAGUUACCAUAGGCACUUAUUCCUGUGAGUCCUACUGGGAUGGUGGCCUCUUGGAGACCUCCUCAUGGCUGGACUUCAGUAUGGUCGCUGAGCUCUCUUAACAUACACCUCCUCUACAGCUGAGCAUUCCUAGGCUCAUAGCCUAUUUUCAGGAGAUGGAUCCAUGUCCAUCUACACAUUAAUUACCUUUGUUUCUAUAUCAUAUAAUUUUCAUCAGUUUAAUAUACCCACUGUGACAUCUAGAAAGUGUGCAGCCAUCCCUAUCCACCAUAAAAUGGAUGUGAAUUCCUUGAGGCAGUCACGUCAGAAGAAUUCUAUUCUUCUAUUGCAUUAGUUUUUCCUCUUGUCCCCAGCAUCCCCCUGGGGAUGGCAGGGUCCUAUAGAAUGGCAAUGGGCAUCCAGCCAGACUCAGAGUAGCCUAGGAGAGACAGAGGCCACUGAAGAUAACCUUACUUCUGGAUGGUGGUAAGGGUCCUUCUCUAUUCAGGAAGAUGGCCAGGCUGCUUACGUUUUAUAUUCCAUUCAGAUGUAAUCAUUCUAGAGCACAAAUCAAGAUCAACUGGCCAGGCUGGGAAGGUGGCUCAGUGGUAGAGCACUUGCCUUGCAUGCAUAAGGCCCUGGGUUCGAUUCCUCAGCACCACAUAAGCAAAAAGAAAAAAAGAAUCAUUCCUGUAAAAUUUUACCUUGCUUAAAACAUUGGGCAACACAAUAAUGGGAAAGACCGACAGAUCUCCUCAGUAGCUUUUGGCAAUUAAAUUUGUCUUCCAAUGAAUUGCUAUGAUUUUUAAAUUUUCUUAACUUGCAAAGAUUUUCCACUAAUGGUGAUUUACUGUUAAAUGAGUUUUUAUUGAAUUUAACAAUUUACUAUUCAUCCUGACAUUUUCUUGUCUUUUAGUGGGGAAAAACAUAUUCCAAAAAGUAGCAGAAUCUUAGGCUAAUUUUUUUUAAAGCUUUUAGUCUAUAAGGUUGAGCCAGAAACAUACAGAUUCAUUUAAAUAGAAGUAUAUCCCAUUCUAUCAUUCUAUCAUUAAGGGAACUGCUUCUGAAUUUCUUGUAAGUGUUUAAGGCUGCAGGUUGUCUUCUCCCAUGUGGUAAUGGGAAGAGAGGAAAGUCCGGGCUUAGGAAUGUAAUAUGAUGUAUAUAGUUUAUAUCAUCAAUGUACUAUUUAUAGCUUGAAGCAUACAUUACUCGCAAAUGGGAAACAAACUCUUUUGCAAUUAUUUUUGUACCUCAAAAUAAUUAUUACACACCACUGUAUCAUAUUCCAAUUAAAGUUUAUUACUUGGUUUUUA